GCAUGUGAUGGUGAUGCCUUGUCGGUUUGGGAGAAAAGCACAAAGAAGAAAAAUAAGGCGUGUGGCCUUCAGUUUUGGUUUUGAUUGUUGAGGUAGGGAGAAGCAGUCUGCGGGAAGCAGAGAUAGGAAGGAGCUACUGCCGAGAGCCCCCAUUUUGUUUGAAUUGAAUUAAUCACGGCCUUUCAUUAACAAGAAAGCAUAUUCCUAUUGAAUUGAAAUCCCGAAACGAAACCAAUUUUUGAUUGAAGAUUUGGUGACAUUUUAGAUUUUGUUAGGAUGGCGGCUGCUUCGCAGUCGGUGGCAAGCUGCUGUUCAGGUUUGGUUCAUCGUUCCAGUCAUGCUAAACUACCGUUUGGAAUCAAACAGUGUAAUGGGGCCAAAAUCAAUAACUGCAAUGAUGUUUUAGUAACAUCAAGAUGGAUUGUUAGAGGAGGAAGAGGGAUUCAAUAUUUGACUGCACAUCGUGUUGGCACCAUAUGUGCUGCAUCUGUGGGAAGGGAUCAUCGUCAAUUGAGAAUUGAUGACGAUUCACCUCAGGAGCCCUACUUUUUAAGUCUUGUCAAAGAAGCAGUGCGGGGGUUGAGAUCAUUAUUCGUUUUUCUGGUUGAGCAGCCUAGUCAGCUGAAGUACAUUGAAUGGCCAGGCUUCCGUAGCACGCUUAAGACUGCUACAUUUACACUUGUUCUUGUGGCACUACUCAUCGUGGCACUUUCAUCAACAGACUCUGCCCUCAGCUAUUUGUUGGCUUUAAUUCUCAGGCGAACCCCCUGAUCACCAGAAGUACACCAAGUAUCAAUACCAGAAUUCUGACUGAGCUCAUUUGUUGGAGAUGCUACAUUGCACAUUCCAUGGAACAUCGCCCCUUUGGUGUGGUGCUAUCGAAACAACACACCAAAUUAUGUGAGUGUUGUUUUAGCAUAAUCUGCACAUUAUCAUAGUGUACCCUGUUCUUCUAGCAAUUAGAGAUACUUAUCAAACAAGAUAGACCUUCACUAUUGUUUUAUGUAUGCUUGCGUCUAGUAGCAAGGAGGGUUUAAAUGUUGCUAAUUGAAUCAUUAUAAGCUAAUUUUGUUGGUGAAAACCCAAACGAGCAAUUUCAACCAGCCGAUGACCUAUUUGGUUUAGUGGUUUAUUUGUCUC